UUCCUCGUUCCCAGCCUGUGCGAGCCUCUUCCCAUGGAUCGAAUGCCAGUCGAAAUCAAGCUACUUAUCGUUGAGGUGAUCGGCGAAGUAUCGCGGCAAGCCUUGCGGGCUUUAUCGCAGGUGAAUCAUCAGUGGCACGACGUUGCCGGACCUGACGUCUAUGGAACCCUCCUUAUCCGCUUGGAGGACGACAAGCCAGCUCAUCGUGACCGCUUGCUUCGGCUUUUGGACGCUGCUCUCAUUCUACCGCAUGUGAAACACGUGAUGCUGUUGAAUAGAGAUACAAGACGUUCCAUAACAGCAGGGAAGGACGCGAGGCUCUGUCGGUAUCUACGCCAAAGUCACCCAGAGGAUAUCAUUGUCCCCGCGUUGGGUACAUAUACAUAUAAGGGGGACUGGGCCCCAAUUAUCCGCCUCGUGCAGCGGCUGAUUUCGUUGAAAUGGUUUGAUUUCCUGAUUCACAGGCACUGCCCGCCGGAAUUGUUGAAUGUUCUCGCCCAGACGCACCCGCACUGCCGCGUCUCCGUAUUCCCUCGCUGCAGCUUCUUCCUAGCAGAGGACCUCUCGCGGAAGAAGUGGGCCCAGUCCCCGCUGCUACAUACGGUUCAUAUUGUCUGCUAUGAGGAUCCAUUUCUCCAGUCCUUUCACACUGACCAUCCCGAUCGCGGUCUGCGAGAUCUCCUCCGCCAAGCACCCCAUAUCAAGCGGCUAGCCUUACAGAUCAGCUCUAAGUGUCCAGGUAGCACGCGACAGAACUACGCCCAGUGGCUCGAACCCCGUCCGCCGGAGGGCGAAUUCGAUGCCAGCCCUGCACGCGCGAGGCUAGAAGUCUUGUCGUUACCCUUGAUUACCACAUUGACCGGGGACGGUUUCCAAGCGUGGUCCCGGGUGGCCGACCUGGGCUACCUGACUGCGUGGACGGCUGGUGCCCUGGAAGAGGAGAGCGCGUUGGCAGCCAUCACGGACUUGCAGCCCUUCCGCGCCCUCAAGCGUCUCACCAUCUCCCUCCACCCGCCUGCAGACUUCCUACCCUCAUGGCGCCAGACCAUCCAGGCCAUGUUCGACUCGCUUCCGACGCUGACGUAUCUCUGCCUUCUGGGCACGUACGAUCCGACGAUUCUCCCCACGGCCGUCCUUGACCGCCAUGGCUCGACUUUAAUCGAGUUGAAGCUGCACCGCGAGACGCCCCAGUACCAGAGCUACGAGUCCACCCGACUGGCGCAAAAGGGGCAGAUCGCCCCGAUAUAUCCCGCAGAUGCGAUCCGCCGCAUGGCCGUCCGCUGCCCGAGGCUGAAGACCCUACGCAUCUGCGUGCAGCGUCACCGGGGCCACCCCGUCGAAACGGAGGCUUACGAAGCCCUCGGCCAGUUCCCGGCGCUGGAGACCCUGGACCUCGUUCUCAACUGCCUCCCGGUAGUGCAGGACGAUGGGACACCCUUCCCGCCGCGCGAGCUGAGUGAGUACGAGCAGGGACACAACCAGGACCACGUGCCCAGAUGGAUUAUCCGGGACUGCGCCAUCAACUGCGCGAUCGACGCCCCCCUGGCUGCAGCAAUCUUCAAGCGUAUUCACCCGCAGCCGCGCAGGGGCAGUCUGCGACUGCUGCGCCUCCACCCGCUCGCAGGCCACCACGGCCAGUAUCGGGUUGCCCCCGGGAUUAGCAACUCUCAGGCUCUCCUUGCGCGCAGGAAUCUCAACUUCCUGAUGCUGGGUAAGUGGCAGGUUGCUUGGGAUGGCGCCGGUCGGCUGCGGGCCCGAAACUGUGAGACAACACGCUGGGAAGGAGGCAGCUUAGCAGUGACAAGCGCGGAUCUUGAGAUCUUCGAGUCCAUCUGGCCCUCCUCUCGAAGCACUCAGACCUGGCCGUUCGACUGGCGGAGCUGGCCUCUGCAAUAGGCACGCACUUUGUUUCUUUGUUCUUUGCUUCGAGGAAUCCAUAGUCAACGCAUUUGGAAGGAUCGAAAAGAAGAGAUUCAACCUGACGAGUAGCAUCUGUGGAGCCCGUAUAGUAGUGUAUUCAUAUUCCUAGCCACGAGAUGUCGCUGGCUCCAUCAUUAGCCCCAGCACCGAUCAAUCUCCUGCGCUCAGCCUCCUUCGAGAAAGCCUUCUCACAUUCUCUCUGCCAUCUUCUCCUCCUCCGUCCGCAGAUAUAUCCCGACAUGCACCCAAACUGAUCAUCAACACCCAC